UUGGUGGUGGAGGACGUCAAUCUUGGGCUGCUUGAGAAGGCUGGAUGGAGAGUGGGGCCGAGCGGGGACGUUGGCGUUGGCUGCGAAGAAGGCGGUGGCAGCGAGGACGACGGCUACGGGCGUUCGGCUGAGCUCCUGGUAUUCAAGAUGAAUCUCGAAAAACUCAACAAAGCUGAACUACUGACACUUUUUAGUAUCCUUGAAGGUGAACUAGAAGCCAGAGAUCUUGUCAUAGAAGCUUUAAAGGCCCAACACAGAGAUACUUUUAUUGAAGAACGUUAUGGAAAAUACAACAUUAGUGAUCCGUUGAUGGCUCUUCAGAGAGAUUUUGAAGCACUGAAAGAAGAUAAUUAUGGUGAAAAGCAACCUGUUUGUGCCAAUCCUUUAUCCAUCCUGAAGGUAGUGAUGAAACAUUGCAAGAAUAUGCAGGAAAAAAUGUUGUCUCAACUGGCUGCUGCAGAGAGUAGGCACAGAAAGGUAAUUUUGGAUCUUGAAGAAGAAAGGCAGCGACACGCCCAAGAUACUGCUGAAGGCGAUGAUGUCACUUACAUGCUGGAAAAAGAACGAGAACGGCUCACACAACAGUUGGAAUUUGAAAAAUCUCAGGUGAAGAAGUUUGAGAGAGAGCAGAAAAAGUUGUCUAACCAACUGGAGGAGGAGCGUGCACACCACAAGCAACUUUCUUCCAUGCUUGUGUUGGAAUGUAAGAAAGCCACAGCUAAAGCUACAGAGGAAGGGCAAAAGCUUGGGGAGUUAAAUAUGAAGUUGGAAAAGGAAAGAAGCAAAGUAAACCAGCUGGAGGAGGAGCUAGCAGCCAAGAAGAAAAGAGGCUUGCAAAUGGAGGCACAGGUAGAAAAGCAGUUAUCUGAGUUUGACAUUGAACGAGAGCAGUUGAAAGCCAAACUUAACCGGGAAGAGAACCGCACCAAAGUCCUGAAAGAAGAAGUAGAGGAUCUGAAGAAAAUAUUAAAAGAGCUAGAAGCUUCUUUGAAAGCUGGCAGCCACAAAGUUGAGAGCUCACCCUCAAACGUCUCAAUGGUGUCCACAGCAACUAUUACAGAAGUCUCCUUAGGUAGGUCAGUGGCUUGUCAGACUAGUAAUCACUUGACAGAAAACAUGAAUCAGGAACCUGCUGUCAAAUUGGCACACACAUUGCCACUGGCCACAGCUCUCCAUCCUUAUGCCAAGGCAAAUGGACAUUGUGAUGCUGAUACACUAACGGGUGUUGAGCCAGCUCAAUCUGCAGUAGAGAAUCUACCGAAGGGCAAGUCUGUUGGGCCAGCUGCUGAGAAUGCUGUAGAGAAUAGCAUCUCCCCAGUAAGAACAGAAUCUCUUUCUGCUUCAGUUCCACCACUCCCUUCCAAUGGGAUUUCCUUGUCUCCCAGCAACACAGCUUCUUCUUCUCUGACAUCUUCACCAUGCUCCUCCCCAGUCAUGACUAAGCGUCUGCUUGGAGCAUCAACCAGCAACCCUAGCUACCAAUCUUCCUACCAAGUGGGAAUCAAUCAGCGCUUCCAUGCUGCUCGCCACAAAUUCCAGUCUCAGGCUGAUCAAGAUCAUCAAUCAAGUGGCCUCCAAAGUCCUCCAUCCAGAGAUUUGUCACCUACUUUUGCUGAUAAUUCUGCAGCAAAACAGCUUGCCCGUAAUACAGUCACUCAGGUUCUCUCCAGAUUCACCAGUCAGCAGGGUCCUAUCAAACCAGUCUCCCCUAACAGUUCACCUUUUGGCACAGACUACCGAAAUCUCGCCAAUGCCAUGAGCCCCAAAAAUGAAACUAGCCCAGGUAAGGUCUCUAGCCCUUUAAGUCCCCUUUCACCUGGAAUUAAAUCACCUACCAUACCCAGAGCAGAAAGAGGAAAUCCUCCACCAAUUCCUCCAAAGAAACCUGGUCUGGCUCCUUCUCCAGCAGCUACCACACCACCAGUGAAAACUUCAAAUCAAGCAUCCCUUGGUUCUCCUAUGGACAUGGCAACUAGUUGUUCAAGCAAUGCGGUUGUAGCCAAUGGGAAAGAAAUUGAGUUUUUAUUGCCAACCAAUAGCUAGUCUUAAAAAGAGUAACAUUCCAAGUGUUUGCAACUCCUAAAGCUGAAACACGGUCUUAUCCACUCCAUGUUAUUUAUUUGAGUAGUAACAGAAUCUUCUUGUAUAACACAUUUGUUCCUUUGUUUUAUAUAAUGUAGAAAAUAAUACAACUUGUACAAUUUUUGGAACACUCAGCGCCUCAAGGUAUCUCAUGGCAGCAGGGAAAUCAAACAAAAUGGAAGCAGUUGUUCUGUUCUGGGAGAUGACCUAUGGACUAUGACAACAGAAUACUCACUUUAAAUUAUGCAGAAAGACACUCCAUGCAAACUCCUAUUCCUUUUCUAAGAAGUGCCUGAGCUAAAGCCUGCAGAUAUGAAUGUGAUUCUCCGUAAUACCAGAAGGCAUCAUCCAACUGUAGAAAAUAAUAAUUUCUGAAUCAUGAAUGUUUGGAAUCGACAUGGUUCUUAAUCCUUUCCAAUGUUUUUAUCAAUAAUGUGCUAUGAAUAGGAAAUAUCCCAAAGGUGAACACUAGACUGGUUUUCUCUGCUAUGAACAAAAAGUUAAUGUAGCUGUUGUCAGGUGCACUUUGGCCCUAUUGCAGAAUUUUAUGCAACCCAAUCUUUUCCUAUGAUACGAACUGAAAAGAGUUGUUAGCUUUAAGCAACCAGGUUGCCAGUCUUUACAAAAUAUUGUCCAUUCCUUACAAGUUUCUCUCCAUAGAGCAAAAUAAGUAAAAUAUAAAAUUUUAAUGAGCAUUCUACUGUUGUGUAUAGAACUUCUGAGAAUAAACCUUUGCUCUUCCUUGAGAAAGAUUUAAAUGCUACUUGAAAUCAGAAAUGACUAAUCAGGAUUUUCAGAUUUUUGCAUUAAAAGGGUAGGAUCAGUACUAGAAGAUCCAAAGCAAUAACUAAAGAAUUGCUUAAUAUGUAAUAAUGCUAUAAGUCAAGCAGGUAUAGGUCUUGCUAAAUAAGUUGUAUUGUCUUAGAGAAGAGAACUGCCCACUUGGCAACACUAUGGAAACCAAAUUGUUAAGCUUUCAAAGAUGCAGCUUACAUGUAGAGAUGUAUACAUACCUAGACACAAUACUUUACAGUGAUCACAUUAACAUUAUUUAUACCUCAAAGCACUUAUACAAUUCCUUUUAAGGCUUUAUGUAUUUGAGAAAACCCAUUUUCCUAAGAAUAAUAGUAAGCUGGGACCUAUGUAAGGCUCAACUAAAGCAGUUUCCUUUGUAAUGAAACUUCCAAUAAUGCAAACUUUAGGGCAAAAAUGUAUGCCUUGAUCAUAUCAAUGGGGCCAAUAUGAUGCUAUAUUUAUAUAGCUGUUCAUGUCUGAAAUUGUUUCAGGAGUACCUGAUACUACUGGAGUAAUCAAGAUCAAGGUAAUGAUAAACUGGGUGUCUCUAAUUUGGCCUUGAGUAAAACAUGUGAAUGCCUCACCAAAUUCCGUCUGCACAAAUAAUAAGAAUCAUAGCAUGAUUCUUAUUUUGAAGUUAUAACAAUUUGCUGCUUUGACAUUCAGUGACCAGGGUUAGGAAACCCUUGGGUUUUGGGUGGUGGUGUGGUCCUGGACUCCCCAAAAUUUCAUUGUGAAAUUUAGAGGCAAAUACCUGGGUUUAGAUGGCAGUUUUUUUCAGUGUUUUUAAAGCAAAUAAGGGCUGAAAUUGGUGCAUACUUCUUUGCUAGUUAUUGUUAUAUAUAUUUUGCCUUUAAAAAACAAAAAUAAGCCAAAAAAAUAAUCUUGCCUCAUUCCAGCAAUAUCAGUGCCACACAUCCAGUUGCCACCACAAAAAAAUGCCCAUUCCUGCAUUAGACCAAAGUUCUUUAAUACAGUUACAAAUAUUUUUUAAAAAGCAUUGCUUCAGGAUUCCACUAUAUAUUGUCUAGCCAUUGGUCUCCCCCCACCCCCACCUUUUUUUUUUUUUUUUUUGGUAUGGAAUUGCUAGAUGAUUUUUUAACAAAGUGACAGGUAUUUCUGAGGUUGCAUUAUAUUCCGCAAUAUAUUGACAUAGGAAAUCAUACAAUCCUAAUGCUAUUCUUCUCAGAUUUUGGUCUAUAUAAAGUUUUUCCUAGUGAUUGGAUAUAGAUGCAUAGGAAACAACCCUGAUAAGUACAUAAACCAGUUUUACAGAGCAACCAUCAUUGCAAAUGCUGUAUAACUGAACUUGAGUAAAUGUUUUGAUGGUAUUGUGUCUUACCUUAAAAGAGAGGUUAUUGUAGCAGCCCUUAAAAUAUUUCCAUAUGUUGACACUAACCUGUAUCCUUUCUUUAUAACAUGACACUAUAGAGAUUUAUACACAGCAAUGAAUUUCAUUAGGAAAUGCACUGAGUACUAUAUUCAACAUGAACGAUGGGGAGAAUGUAGAAGGAAAUGUAUUUUGUUGCUAAUAGCCAAUAUUCUGAGAUUAAGCACAACUAUGUAAGUGAUUCCAGCUAAUCCCCUAAGAUUUCUAGGGUUAGUAUUUCAGUUUUCUGUAGAGUUGAAAUGUGGAAACGAAAUGUUUAAUUUUCUUUUGAUUGUGAAUUGAGAGGUGUCAUGGACUAACUAGAUUUUAAUGAUGUUCAAACUGUAUAACCUAGUAUUAAUUGUUCAUUAACAUCUGUAUAUUUGUAAAGUCAAAUGUAUGAAACAGAAGUCUUUUUAUCAUUUUUAUAGAUUGCAGCAUUAAACAUGUUAAAUGUUCGUACUAUCAAUAAAGGGUUUUAUUUUUAUGUGGA